ACCGGUUUAGCCUUGUGUAUAUAAUAUCCCAUAUCAUGGUCAGAAUGAAGAGCCGGUUUGACGAACCGGUCAUGUACCGACGGGUCAAAAAAUCGCCGAUUUUCGAUCGAGUCCAUGCCGGUCCGCCGGUUCCCGGUUUAUUUUAUAUUUAUGUAUAUAUUUAUAUUUAUAUUAAAUACAUGCUCAUUUUUUUAAUGUAUGUAUAUAUAUAUAUGUAUUUAUACUUGACAUUAAAAAUAAAACUACAAUACGUAUUUGUAAUUGAGAAUCAAAGUCAACUUUAUCAGUAUGUUGAGUUUCUCCAGCUUCAUAAUACAAUCCGGCUGCAAUACACAACCUCGAGUAAUACCGUCGUUCUUUUUGCUAGUGGCCUACAACACGUUACUGAAUGGAACUUGUCUAUGUUAUCAUCUUUGUCAUACAAUAUAUUUAUACCAUCAUCACACAGCAAUUGUGUAGGGAUAUGUAGCUAUUUAUUAAUUGGCUAUACUAAUCAAAUUGUUAUUUGGCUAUCCAGAAUGCCGCCCCGUAGAGCUCCACCCGCAGAGCGGGAUCAGGCAGUAGUCGCAUCCCAGUUCCGGACUUACACCCCUCCGGUCUUCACUGGAGAGGAGGGCCCGUUGGCCGUAGGAGACUGGAUCCACAAGAUGGAUCAUAUUUUCCGGAUGAUGGGUAUACCCGACCAGCACAUGGUCGCUUGUGCCGAGUUUCAGAUAGAGG